UCGUGGCGAGGAGCGGCCUCAUGUAGCGCUCGCUCGAGGACCUGAACCGUGGACAACAUGGAGCUGUGGAGACAAUGCGCGAUGUGGCUGAUCAGCUGCAAAGUUCUGCCGCCCAACCACCGCGUGACUGCGGAAACUGCGCAGGUGUUCGAUUUGGCGCAGACGCUGCGGGACGGUGUGCUGCUCUGCCAGCUGCUCAACAACCUGAGACCUCAGACCAUCGACCUCAAGCAGAUCAACCUCAGGCCCCAGAUGUCCCAGUUCCUGUGCUUGAAGAACAUCCGAACCUUCCUGAUGUCCUGCAACGACGUCUUCGGGAUUAAGAAGAGUGAUUUGUUUGGAGCCUUCGACCUCUUCGACGUCCAAGACUUCGCAAAGGUGAUGGACACGCUGUCCAAGCUCUCGCACACAGCCACAGCUCAGCAGGCAGGAUUCAAGCCGUUCCCCACCGAGGAGAGUCUGAAAGACGAGGACAUUUACAACAACCUGGAGGACUUGAUCGACGAGAAUGUUCCGGAGGACGAGGACGACUUGUACGCCACCGUCUACAAGCUGGAGGAGGACUACGCUGGUGGCGAGAUCUACGAGGACCUCAUGAGGAUCGAUCAGCAUCCUCCUCUGAAGCAGGCGGAAGUUGAUGUCCGGAGCUGCUGCCUCAGUGAGAUCAAACAGACAGAGGAGAGAUACACAGAGACUCUGGAGUCCAUCGAGAAGUACUUUCUCAAUCCACUGAGGAGCUUCUUCUCCGUGUCGGAAAUCGACAAAGUUUUCGUCAACAUUCCCGACUUAGUGAAAGUCCACAAGAGCCUGAUGGUGGACGUUCAGGACUCCAUCCUGAACAGGAACGCGCUAAACCUCUACCAGAUCUUCAUCAACUAUAAAGACAGGCUCCUCAUCUAUGGGAUCUACUGCAGCCGCGUGGAGAUCGCCAUCGCCGUGUUGGAUCUGAUUUGCAAAGAAAAAGAGGACGUACGCUUGAAGUUGGCGGAGUGCUCCAAACGGGCCAACAAUGGCAAGUUCACCCUGCGGGACCUGCUGGUGGUGCCGAUGCAGCGAGUCCUCAAGUAUCACCUCCUGCUCCAGGAGCUGGUCAAACACACUCACGACGCUGCCGACAAGAGCAAUUUGAAGAUGGCCCUGGACGCCAUGAAGGACCUGGCGCAGUUUGUCAAUGAGGUGAAGAGAGAUAAUGAGACUCUGAGGGACAUCGACCAGUACCAGAGGUCCAUCGAAAACCUGAAUCAGCCUCUCAUCAGCUUCGGUCGGCCGAAAGGAGACGGAGAGGUUCGCAUCGUGUCCAGCAUUGACAAGAGGAAACAAGACAGACACAUCUUUCUGUUCGACUUGGCCGCCAUCGUUUGCAAGAGGCGCGGCUACAACUACGAGAUGAAGGACGUGCUGGACCUGAACUUCUUCAAGGUCACCAACAACCCCACUUCUGACCGGGAGGCCAAAAAGUGGUGCUACGGGUUCUACGUGACUCACCAGCAGGGGCUGACGGGCUUCGAACUCUUUUUCAAGACGCGGGAGCUGAAGAAGAAGUGGCUGGAGCAUUUCGAAGUGGCGAUAUCAAACAUCCGACCAGAAAAGGCCAACCACAACUUCCACAUGUUCAAAAUGUACACGUUUGAAAGGAUCUCGUCGUGCAGCUUCUGUCAGCUGCUGUUGAGGGGCGUGUUAAACCAGGGCUACCUCUGUCUGAAGUGUGGACUUGCCGCCCAUAAAGAGUGUCUCGGUCGACUUGGAGUCUGUGGGAGAACAGAUUCUGCCAAACUCAGACUCAAGGACAGUACAUCACCAACCGAUUCAGGUUUGCCCAGGAUGAUUGCCAUCAGAGACUACAGCGGCGCCCCCUGUCCUCAGAGUGGCCCCCCGUUAAGCAUUCACACCGGGGACGUCAUCGAACUGAUGUUUGCCGACCUGCGCAGCUCCUGGUGGCAGGGCAAAAUCCUGGCAACCAGCAAGACGGGCUUCUUUCCAAGCGACGCUGUGAGGCCGUGUCCGUGCGUUCCCAAACCUGUUGAUUACUCCACACAGCUCUGGUUUGCGGGGCCGAUGGAGAGAUGCCAGGCGGAGGUGGAGCUGCAGGACCGAGGCAACAGCACCUACCUGGUGCGGCACCGGAGUAAAGAAGGCAGCGAGUACGCCAUCAGCAUCAAGUUCAACGAUAGAGUGAAGCACAUUAAGAUUCUGACCAAGGACGGCUGCUUUUACAUCGCUGAGAGCCGACUCUUCAAGACCGUGCUGGACCUGGUGGAGUACUACAAACAGCACUCUUUAAAGGAAGGUUUCAGCAGUCUCGACACCACUCUGCACGUCCCCUAUAGGGAACUGUCCAAUGGAAACACGCCGUGGGCUGUUAGCAAGACUGACAAUGCUCACCAUGGCAGCUGCGGCUUUGUUCCUCCCUCCUCCGCGCCUUUCUGGUCAGUCUUCGCUCCCAGGGUGCUCGGCACGGCCGUGGCCCGCUACGACUUCAGCUCCCGAGACUCAUGGGAGCUGUCGCUGCUGCAGGGAGACAUUAUCAAGAUCUACACCAAGAUGUCCAACGGAUGGUGGCGAGGAGAGAUCAACGGCCGGGUGGGUUUUCCACUCCCUGUUUCCCCUCUGGAGUCACAGGCGGAGAACAACUCCAGCCGCAGCCUCCACUGAGGGUGAAAACCGGAGUAGUGUACAGCCGAUUAUGGCCUUUCAUUUCCAGUACAAUCUCCACGAUGACACAUCUGCAUCUCACCAUAAGUUCGAUACACACACGUGAACAUGAGGAGACCGUGACGGCGCCGCGCUCUCCAGCUCCGCGGCGUGUGACAGCUGUGGAGAGUGUGGUGGACUUUGGUUCACCAUGGUAGUUUGAAAGUGAUUUUGAAUCCAGGGAACCUUUGAUCAUGACACUGGUCGACUCUGACUCUCUGGGUCCCUGUUUCUUUGAUAAGAUGGAGUGGUCCUCAUAGGUUCUCGUCUGCCUUGGUUCACAUCAACACAUGCAGGUCUCCUGCUGCCAAGGUGAAAACAGUUGGAUAUUGGCGGCGGUGUCCUCUUCCGCGUCCCCAUUAGGCUUCACUGAUGGAGGACACACUCUCACAGGCAGCGCUAAUGCUACGAGCCGCCAUCAGUUAGGGACCAUCAACAAAUUCUGAAGCCUCAAAGUGUGAGUGACAUCUUCAAUAAGGCCAUGGAAAACAAGCAUUUUAGGAGAGAGAAUUGUGAAAAGGUUUUUCAUCACACAGGACAAUAAUGAUUUGGAGAAUAGAAUCUGACUCCAUGAUCAUUUCUUCACCUGAGUUCUAAUGUUUCUUCAGCAGCAUCUAGGAAAUGUGUCCAGACUGCUCCAUAGUUCAAGUCAACUGUUCAGAGACAUGAGACACAGCAGACAGACGGCUCAGUUUAACCCCUAAAUAAAGCUGGCAGAGCAGCCUGUCAGACACCAGCGGCUUCUACCAGAGACCUGAAACAUUGAGUUUCUCAUCUCUGCACUGAGUUCACUGUUCUAUUGAAACAUCAACAAAUCCUAAUGUUUAUCACGAUAACUUUUUUGUACGUAUCGCCUGUGCCUAGACUCCAUCUGUGGAUUUUGUUCGUCAGUCGAGGGGUAGGAGACGUGGAUCUGGGGUCAGUCCUUCAGCGUCAUGAAGGGAGGUGAAGAAGAGAGUGCAACCAGGGUGGAGACGAUGGUGGUGUCGGAGCAGCAGCUGGAGCAAAAGCUUUCCAGGACAGUAGAGGUCACUGACGCGAUGAGGUUUCAUGAAACACCGCCAGGUGGCGCUGUCUGCUGUAAAAUGUUUGGACUUGAACAACUGUUUCAAUGAAACCUCAUUUCUAAACCAAGAGCUCCAUCUAGUGGCCUCUGAAAAUGAGGACACUGUUUCAUGAUACCUCAUCUACUUGAGUGAUGAAGUCUAUCAGAGGAACCUGAGGAGAGAGUGAUGGAGGUCAGAUGGCUUGGAGAGAGGAGAGACACAGCUGGAGAUGAAGAAGGACUCGAGGGUGACGCUGGUGGGAAAUGACCCCAGAAGAAGCUCCUCCCUACAGAAAAGAGAUCAUGAAAUAUUGCUACACUUCUCAAGGUUGUGUUUGUCUGGGACAUGGAGAUGUAAGGAGCCCGAGGGUUUGACCCAGAACCAGGUGGAGGGGGGUUAUUUUUAGUCCUCAGAGAGGAAGACCUCCACGUAUUUGACUCAGAUCCAGCCUCCUUUAAUGAGCAGAUGAUGCUAGAGAAUCCAAGCGUUUGUGUCGCGGCUUCAUCUCGCUCUGUUUAUAUUGAUAAAUUGACUCAGAGCAACACCAAGUUUCCGAUAAAGUUUGCCCUUUAAACACGAAUCCAACAUGAUGCCGGUGAUGACAAACUCCGCGUGCAUUUUAACAAGUUUGAAACCGAUUUUUUUGAAGGAAAACACAGAGUCAUGUUUGAUCGCAGCCGAAGAAGAGGACCAGAUUCUGAGAUGUUCUCUUCCUCAGGUGGGCUGGUUCCCAUCCACCUAUGUAGAAGAGGAGUGACGGAGGACCUGGGACUGAUUCGGCGCUCCAGACCAGGAGGGGACUUCUGAACCUGACUGACUCACCCACCGGGUCCCAUCCGGGCCCUCGGCUCUCAGGCCUCCUGCCCCGUCCGUAUUUAAACACUCUUGUUCCAGUGGACCUACACGGUCACCUGCGUGUCUGUGUGGUUCCGAUGGUGUCACCUGUGGACACGGAUACUCCAGAGGAGGAAACCACCAAAGUGAGGUGCCUCUUGCUGGUGUGACUGUGGACGAGGACAGGUCUCCACCUGGAGAGGUACUGAGGGGGCAGAUGGAGGGGUGAGGGUCUCUCCCGCCGAGGAAUGGUUCUUCACUGUUCUCAUCCUCACAAUAGACAUCAGGUGAGGAGCAGAAAACCUCGAGUAAUAAAUAAAGGUCAAAGAAAAUGGGAAAAUAUGGAACUAUUUUGAAUGGAGAAAUUCCACACCAAAGUAAUAAAAUAAAAUAUAUAUGAGUAAACCAAAGCUGAAAUGCCAUUUAAUUUCCACGUGACAAAAAUACUUUUUUGGGGAGGAUUUUUUUUAAAUGUAAUAACAAAACAAAUAUUGAAUUUUGAGCAGUGAUAAACAUGUGAAAUGGAUUUUAAAUACAAACAAAAUGAAAGUGCCGAAUGAAUUUUUUAUUUUUCAAUUUAAAUUGAGAAUAAAGGUUAAAAUUUCCUACCAAAAUGAAGUAAAAUACCCUUUAAUUUUGUUUUUUUUUUUCAAAAUUAUAGUAUAUUUUUUUACCACCCAGUUUUUUAAAUUAUUAAUUAUUUAAAUUAUUAUACUUUUGGAAAAUAUUUAUUCCAUGAACAAUUUUUUUUCAGGUUCGGUUUUUUUUUAUUAUGUUUUAAAAAAUAUUUUAUUUUAUUUUUAUUGAUGUCUUCAAAUAUGCUUCAAUUUUCGUGAAACAUUUACUUAUUUUUUUCUCUAAAUUAUAGUUUGUUUUUUUAACCCCAAGUUUAUUUAUGUAUUUUCAUCAAUAG